UCUUUGGAAUGACUGACCGUUGAUAACAAAUGACAAUCGUGAAUCAACGUGAUGCACGUCAGUACAAAGUGCGAUUUUGACGUUCACCAUAAUACAAAGAACGCGGAAUGAUCAUAUUGAUUCGGGUGAAAGGAGUGAAAUUCUAAAUGAUUGGAAUGAGUUACUAAACGAUCAACCAAACCUUCUCACUAACAUGAAGGGGAAGGCAGGGGUACUUGAAAUAGAUAAAUGCGUAGCUUCGAGGUUAUGGUACACAUCCUGGGCUACUUUGAUUGCCGAAAUUGACAGUCGAACGGAUCGCUUUACUCAGGAUAAAAUCCUACACCUGAUUUCGCUACUUGAGUCAGACACGAAUAUUCAGAAUAACUACGAGGAUCGUUGGAUCAUUUGGAAGAUAUCAGAGCUUCUACGAGCAAAUAGUGUAGCAGCGAAACCAAAAGACAUUGAAUUUCUUCUGGCGGUAAAAUUCUUGAAUGAAGCUGCACCCAGAGAAGUAGAGGAGGAGCUUCUCGAUCUCUUCAAACUUGUAUCGGAUUCAAAGAAGGUAACGGCAAAAGUUGGAAAACUUUCCAGCGGAAGUAGAAAAUUCUUGGAAAAAAAUCUGGGAACAUGUCCUCCGCUUGCCUGCUUUGUUAUACAAAGUUUGCUGUGUGUUUGGUCACCGUUAUUCAACGAGAGCGAUGGAGAUUUACAAAAUUUGUACAUCAAUGGCCUUAAAAAGUAUCUCAACGCUAAUGAAUCUCUACAAAGGAAAUCGUCUUCGGGUUAUUUGGAGGUCAAGGAAAAGUCCUUAUCAUCAUGGGAUGACACAAAACUUGACGAUCAAUCAGUUGGAACUUUGCUAAGCGUUCUCUCAAAGCUUGAACUCACAGGAGAUAAUAAUGAUCAACUAAUGACUUGGCUCUUUCCCUCGCUAUUUAAAAAAUGCAAUAACCAGGAUGUCGAACUUGCGCUUUACACCAGGAGAAGCAGCGAAUACUUGAAAGAGUGGUUCAUCUUCAUUGACAAAACAUUGAAGCGUUCCGAGUUGUCAGAUUCCAUUGAAAAUGCCUUGGGAAUUAGCAACGCCAUAUUCAAUUUCACCAACGUCGGAGAUGUUCAUCUCAAUUCCAGAGAAUUGGUUUACAGAACAAUUAAGCAGUCACGCCAUUGGUUGCUCGACGUUCUGGAUAUCUGCUGCACUCUGUUGACUGCUGGCUAUACUGACAAGGUCUCGAUGUUAUUGUCAGCCCCAAAUUUAGAAGGACUUUGGCCGGUAGUAUUUUUGAAAGUACUGAACGAUUUGCCCUACGCUCCUAAAGUACCUCUAGAAGCAGACAAGCGAGUCAGUUUGAACUUCUGCAAGGGACUGAGAUUCGUUUUGGAAAAAUCUCAACUGUAUUUUGGGAAGGAUAAAAUUUGGAGAGAGUUGAACUCUGUUGCCAUAAGUCAGCUGAAUGUCGUUGAGUGGGUUUUAAAUAAUAAGAAAACAGUAUUGGAGAAAGAGAUUGGAUACGAAUUGAAAAAAGAUUUGACAAUAAAAAACGUGUUUUCACUUCUUCUCGAAAACGGAAUCUUAUUCACUCUAAAUUCCAUGACUGACUUGCACGAAGGGAACUCUGAGGAAAUUGAACAACUUCUUAAAAACUCCCCCUGGUCAGAGACCACCUUCAAAGCGUAUUACGCGAUGCUUUGCGCUUUGAGAGCCAUUUUACUCUCCGAUUCCUAUUCCUUCAAGGCUCAAAGUGUUGAGGACCGUCUGGCGGCAAUGCGGAACACCUUGAAGAACCUUUUUCCAUUGGACCUAAGACUCGAAGUUAUAGAGAAUAUAUUUUCAAUGCUGUUCCUACGCCAUGAAGACUUUGCCAACACUGAUAGUAAUUGCGAAGACAGCGAGGAGGAGGCUGAUUCUAAAAAAGUCUCACAAUCUGAUUACAAGUUGAUGCAGUCUGGAUUUAUCUGUAACAAAUAUAUAAUCAGAGACCUUCUGCAUAGCUUGAAAGAUGCGGUCCUGAACGCAGGAAUUGAAUGCACCAAAAUGAAAUUGGAACCAGGCACCCAUGACUCGAUGGAAGAUGUUCGUAAAAGUUUAGCCAACAUCAGUCGGGCUAUCGCCGAUGCCAUCUGGAGGUUGGAGCUUCUGACAAGCUCCCAGUUCAUUGAAAGGGUAGGCGACGGCGGGACGCAAACGUCGAAAACUGAAGACGAAGGAAGUUACUCUGAAACGUUGCUGAGCAAGAAGUUGAAGACCUCAAAACUUGCUGCUUAUAAAUCCAUGUUUUACCACCAAGAUGACAGUUCGUCAAGCGAAGACCACACCAAGUUCGAAGUGGAGUUCAGCUCAGACGCUGGAUCUUUAGACACCGGUAACAGCAACAGCACCUCGGGGACCAGGAAAAAGCAUUGGAAGAAGAACGCGGCUGAGAAGUCUUCAGUAUUCGAUAAGAAUUAUUCAUUUAUUCUGAACUUCAUGCUCUCUUCAAGGGAAAGCCUGAUUAUGCAAUGCCUGUGGAAAUGUGACUUUGAUAAAGCCCAACAAGUUGUCGAGAUGUUUCACUUGAACGAUUCUCAACUCGACGGCGAAGUACGAUUCUCAAAAGCCAUUUGCCAAUUUCGUCACAGGAUGAAGGAAAAACCCCAAACACUCGGCACACCCGAAGCUGUAAAUCAAACUUUUGAAACUUCAACACUUCAGAAUAUAAGACAAGUGGUCUUUGAGGGUAUCCAAACGUCCCGAGCAACAGGUGAACUCGAGACUUUUCUCGCCUCGAAUAAAGCGACUUUGCGUCUGAUUAGUCCGGACGAGGCUAAAAGUAACGAAUUGCUGACAAUGGCUGUGCUGGACCUUGCAUUGACAACGGGUCAGUCACGCUCGUGUUCUUUGCAAAUGUGCGAGGUAGCAACGAAGUAUGUGAAGUUGUGCAAAGUUAUUGAGAAAAGUUUGUACUCUGCGUACUUCGCAAAGAUCUGUACACUCUUUCACGAGAGUAAAUUAGACGCUUCUCUACCGAGCAUUCUUUGUGACGCUAGCGUGCCGAUGACAAUUAAGAAGUUUAAUCAGAAAGUUGAGCUUUGGAACGAGGUAGAAAAAAUUGUCAGCAUAUUAAAUCUGUCUCGAUUGCAGAGGCGCAAAACCCAAAAAGAAAGCUCGCGUAAUAGGCUUACCACAAGUCAGGAGGGGCUUGCAUUAAUCUCUGGGUUUUGCAACGGCGAGGCCUAUUUGAGCAAGGUUUUUACUCAUUUGAGUGUCCUUGAAACGAUAAUCCCAAAAGCCGACAACGGGCGCUUUGACGAGACUCUGUAUGCCAUGCUGGAACUACCGAUUCAUUCUUACUUUGGGCAUCAAUUUUUUAACUUGGGUAUCGAACCGGAACAACUGGAUGUCAUUGCCAAAAAACUUCGCGUCAACUUGGUUCACAGCUUGCUCGUAAGCUGCUGUCCCAAGUUUCCUUUUAAUGAGACUCUACCGAACGCAAAAUUGACAAACAAAAGUGGCUACAUUAUAUUGAACCACGAUUCAGCGGAUGUGAUGCUCACGGAAUACGACAUGGAAAAGCCCAACGAAUGCAUAGCUGGAAUUUUAAGACUGCUCUUGGAUACUAUUUCUAAUAUUUAUCCAAGUAAAUCGGUGCUGAAAUACAACAAUCUGCAAAGUUUGUCUAAAAAUUCAGAUAUUCUGAGUAUUUUGCGAAGAACUUCUUGCCUCGCGAAUUUAAAUCUGUGCGAAUUGACGACUAGCAAUGAAACUCUUACGUUUUUCUUGAACCUGUGGAAUCUUUUAUUCCUGCACUCGAUGUUGACCACUUGGUCCGCCAAUGCACCAUGCAACAAACUGCAACAUGUCGUGUCAAUGAUGAAUAUUGGGUACCAGAUCGGUGAAUUGGGAUUGGUCACCUUGGCUACGCUCCGAUUCAAGAUGCUCGGCAAUCUCUCUUGGGAUUUGGAGUUUUUGAAACAGAUCGAAGAUGUCAACGAAGUUGCCUGGCAAGAUCUGGAUCUCACCCAGGAUCCGAGGGUCAUUUUUGCCAUGGCUAAUGAAUUUUCAAGAACACCCAUGGUUUCCGUAUAUGAUCCACAAAACUUGGACAAGGCUCUGAACGCGGCGCUUCAGAACUACGUCGCCCAUCACCACUCUAUAAAACCGGCAGACAAUGAUACGAAAAUCGAUUUAUGCUGGCUGCCGGAGACGGUACGUCGGUAUCAGGACUUUUUGUUGGAAAAUGCUAGUCUCGCUCAGCAGACUUUGGGCUCUUACUUCAACGAGAGUUUUACCCUGCGUAAGUUCUUGAAUACAAAUGUUGAAAAUAGCAUUGAAUUCAAGUACAGGUUGCAAGUGCGCCAGUAUGAAAUAAGAUUGAAUUACUUUGGCGUUGAUCAUCCCAUUACAAAUAGUUUACAAAAUGGGCGUCGACCUUCGAACAACGUUGACUCGUCGAACCAGUGGCAAGGCAGAACUGUGAAUGAAAAAUUAUUGCAAUACUUUGAAGCUCACUGCUGGCUUUUGCGUUACCUGGUGCAAAAAAUUCACGGAACUGACCCAGCGAUCUCUGAAAAGAUGGGUGACAACACAGGACGUUGCGUCUGUCUCGAGAAUCUUCUGCGCUCAAGUUGUACGGAAAUCUUGAGAAAUACGUUCGGCGAAAAUCAGGCAAUGUUUGGCAUGUACGAAAAUGUAUCGCAGAGGGAACUCUGGGCGCAUCUUGAAAGACUGAUGAAGAGGGACAAGUGGGAGCAGUGUUUAAACGUGAUAAACUGCCUACCCGAUAACUUGACGAUAAAUGAUGGCGAGAUUCUCUUCUUGAAAGAUAAAAUUUUGAGUAUCCUAGUCUCUUUGCCAGGACUGGAUGAUAAGAAGGCAAUGAAAUACCUGCGGCAGAUGAAAAAUGUUCAUGUUUUGGCAUGCGCUGUUUUGUCAAAUCUAUCCCAUUGGCCUUUGGAAACGUGCCAACUUGCCUUGAUGUAUGUUCUCAACCACUCGGAUAAAACUGAGCUCUCGGGCCAUUCUCAAGAGUAUUUGGAUGCGACAAUGCGCAGUCUGUUGGCACUUCGUAAAAUGAUACCCCAUUUUGAAAAUAAUCUUGACAUGAAGCACAUCACUUGGUACGGGAAUGAUUUUGCGACAAACAAGGUUGACCCACUGAAAAUAAUGAAAUCUUUGAUCGAAGCAAACAAGUUUGAACUCUGCUUAGAGUGGUUCGAGUAUCACAGUUUCUCAAGCGAAAUGCAGUCCCUAGUCAACCAGGAUCUGUUGAUCGGACUGCUAGAAAAUGAUCGGCAGGAUUUUGAGCCUGCGACAAAGUUACUUCGAGCACUGCCAAUGAAUUGUACAAUAAAACUGUGCAACGGAGUUCUGAGCAAAUUGGAUUCGAUUACAGCGAUAAGAUUUAUUACGAAUUAUUUACUGGACAGCUGUAAACCUAAAGACGAGGUGAAAUAUCACAAGAUUUUAGUCAGCACGGAGAUAUUAUCGCAACUCGAUUACAGAGAGAAAUCGGCAUUUAUCCACCUGUUGAAAGAACCGUUGUUGAUACUCGAACAGCUACUGAUGAACGGGAAAUUCGAAGUUCUCCACAAAAUUUUAAAAUUGGCAUCGGACAGUUUGCCGAAAGCUGGUAUUUCGCCGGAAGACACAGACAAGAUAGUAAGGUACUAUGCCGGAAAAUCGUUGGAGUUCAGGGUCGCCCUACAGCGUGACGGAAUUGAAUCUAGGUCCAAGGAUUCUUCCUCGUCGAGUAACGAGAUCGAGGGCACGGAGUUCCUGAUGCCCGUAACAGUCCCGACGAAAGACGAAUGGGUGCCAAACGACAAGGCGAGGGUUUGCAGCUGCUGCAAGGCGAUCGUUUUCUCCAUGUUCAACAGACGACAUCACUGUCGUAGAUGUGGCCGGGUCAUUUGUGCUAUCUGUUCGCAGCAGCGAAUGCGUGUACCGACGUACCCCGACUCGGUGCUCGUCAGGGUCUGCAACGACUGUAAACGUCAAACGUUGUUGCGAUUGCAGCAUGCCCCCCCUUCGACUCCGAGCAGCGAACCGUUCGAUUACUGGCGCCUGACAAUGGACGAAACCCACAACCAAACUGUCAGAGAUGAAUUUUCCUUCGAAUACGCACCGAGCAUCUCUUUGUGCUUAGCUAUCUUGAAUCUGCACUCGGAUCACAGGGCAUACGCAAGCUUUCUGUUAGACCGAUGUGACGAGAUAAAACAGCUGCUCCGUCCUGUCAGCUCUGGAAGAACAAAUCCCGAAGUCGAUCAUAUGCUGCUCGUGAAGAUGAUGCGUUCUCUUGUAAUCGCCGCCAAGGUGAAGUGUGCCAAGCUAUCGCUGAACGCCGGUCUGGAUCACUGUGACCGUUGGCUGUCGCACAUCGAUCUUAUUUCGACUCUGGUACAGUCGGACUGCUCGGCUCUUAUUCCCUCCGACAGUAUCAACGAGCGAGCUUUUAGAAAGUUGAGAGACCUGCUUAUCGAAAAGGAGCAUUGGAUUCUGGCCUUGGACGUCAGCACGAAGGCAGGACUGGACAGACAGGGAGUUUGGGCUGUCUGGGGGAAGGCGUACCUGAAAGUCGGGUGCUACAAUCAGGCGAGGGAAAAGUUCGCUCACUGUUUGGACAAAGUUGAGAGCCUUGAGGAUUGGGUAUUUAUCGCUAACUCUAGUCAGACUGAUAACAAUGAGAGUCGUUCAAGCGCGACGACCGGCGAUAAGCAGAGGACCAGAGAAAAGACUCGGCCGAUGAAAAAUCCCCCACUUUUAGUAGAGAUUCUACAGAUACUCGAGAGCUCAACUUUCAACCGGCAAUCGUGCAAGGUCGUCAGCUCCAAUUCGUUCACUGCCCUCGACGUAUCCGUCACUUUGAACAACAUCAAGGCAAUCAGCCAGGGACGAUAUUACGAUCUUGAACCAGCUUCGAUCACUGACACCGCCUACUAUCAGGAAAGUUUGCACUACUUGCUUUCGUACGGAAGCCACGCCGCGAUAUUAGAAUUUUUCAUCAAGCAUGAAAAGUACGAGGACUGUCUGCUUCAUGUGAUGGAUAACCACGUUGAUCCGGAGGUGUUUUUCAGUAGCGUUUACUUGCCCUGUUUGAAAAAAGGUCUGGUCGAGAAGUUGCACGAAGCCAUGCGCACGAAAGAUCCGAAUUUGCUCUCAUGGAAAACUUAUCUGGUUUUCACUUGUCACAGUUUGGAGACAAAGAAACUUCUGCACACCUUGUAUCAGCUCCAGAUAUUCACCAAGGACUACGUAAGGGCCUCCAUAUCUUGCAUACGCUUUUACGUCGACGGGGCUGCCGAUUACACGGACCUUUGUAGCCGUUCCCAGUUUCUGGUUCAAGCUCAAAAACACUUGGAGACGGAACUGCAGGCGCAGAGCUUAGGGCCGAAGAGGAGGAAGAGCACGGGGUCUCAGCACAGCGGUCAAAGUGCUCUCACUCUGGAACUUGAGCCGUCCGACAUCGAUAAGCACAUAAAUACGAUAUCGAGUCAGAUGGAGAUUGCCAAGUUCUUGCGGGACAGCGAACAAGAGCGGAGAGACGUCAGGAAAUUCUUGAACCAUCUUUUGAGCAUGGAAAAUGAAAAUUUGAACAUUCAAGAGUUGCCCACUCUCUUUGGUACUCAGCUGCAAAAAACCCAGCUGGCUGUGCUGGCGAUUCUUUGUGGUCGCGACGUCGAGGAAGGCUUCGGAAUCGCCUAUCGAAUAAUUCAAAACUACAAUCUCCGGUCCGAGAAGGUUUACUCCCUGGCCGGGCACGUCUUGGCAUGUGAACAAAAAAUUAGUUCGCUAGAGCAGCUGGUUAAAUGCUGUCGAAGCUCAGGAGCUCCGGACACAAAUGCAUUGUCCGAUCGAGUCCUGGCGCACUGUGUCAAAGUACUUUUGAAAUCCUCUCACAUGGAGCCUAGUUCGAGUUCAAAGGACAAGGUUGAUACCCUUAUCAAGCUGAUUACGGACCUGGAACUCAAGAUAAGUAUGUGCAUCGAAAGUCGACAAUUGAAGGCAGCCUAUCUCCUCGCUGUGAGACAUUCGAGAGCUCAGGAUAUCAGGAGGAUCUUGAAGGAGGCGGACAGGCUAGAGCAGACAGCGAUCAAAGCGAUUUGCACUAAGUGGCUUCAGAAAACGCAAAAUUCCUGAGAAAUAGUUCAGCAAAGUUUAGUCCAAAAUAAUAGGUAACUCAAAUAAUUUCCUCAAUUAUUUUAUUGAUAUUGACUAAUUUCUAAGUGUCUGACAUUCCCAAUAGUUGUG